AUGGACUCCACGAUACGGGACAAGGUCUUGUAUUGCUCCAAGCUCUUCGAGCAGGCACCGGUGGAGUCUUUUGAGGUACAAGAUGCGCGCAAGCGAUUCGUGGAAUGGUAUACCAACAUUGCCGCUCAUCGAGUGGGCACAGCUUCCCUGGACGAGCGCCUGCGCGACGCCCCAGACAUUCGAGCCGGCAUCUUACGGUUUCUUGACAUUUUGGUUACAGCAUUUAAAUACCACAGCAGGAAAAGCCCGGACUCCAGCAAAUCAUCAAAAAGAAACCAGCCGCUGGAUAUAUUGGUAGACAAGGCGGCAAGCUCAAAGCCUAGUUCAUUAAUGCAUAAGGUUGUUGAGUCUCUGAUUCGCAUCUCCAUCGCAAUUAGGACGCCAGCUUCGGUCGAUAGGUACGCGAAGGCAGAAAAGGUCAACGUUGACCAUUUCUACCCAACAGACAAAGGUCAUAUUGACGAGCUGUUCCCAAAAGCAGUGCCGAUACUCCGAGAGAGACUGCUGCGGGCAGUACUGAGUCGCAGGAGGUUUCUGCAGUAUACCCAAGAGCACAAGGAGAAACUAGCCAUGGAAGCGCCAUUUCAGCAAGAUGAAAAGAGAGACGAAACGCUUCUUGCGGAGGAAAAGAGUGAAUUCGCAGACACCGUGGCGACACCAUUCUCUCCGGACAUCCUCAUAGAUGACAUUACACCAAUAGGGGUGUCUGACAGCGCCAGCGAUGGAGCUGCGUCCGACGUCUCGGACUCAUCAUCCAUCCGCUCUGAUAUGUCAGCCCGAGUGCCCCCAAUGCCGCCCAUGGGCCAGGAGGGGAAGCCUUUCGAAUGCCCAUGCUGCUUCUUGAUGAUAGAAGCAAAGAAUCGAGGGAAAUGGAAGAGACAUGUAUUCUCAGAUAUGCGCCCCUACGUAUGCACAUUCACUGAUUGCAAAGAACCAGACCGACUAUUUUCCAGUCGUCACGACUGGUAUAGCCACGAGCUUGCUUUCCAUCGAAGGACCUGGGUCUGUAUCUCGGGCUGCUUGAGGCAGUUUACCUCUGAGUCAGCUUAUGAAACCCAUUUAAGGGCCACUCACGAGGAGUUUGAGGAUACCGCCCAAGCCGAGAAGCAUGGGGCGCAUAGUAGACAACUACCGGAGCCCAAGGUACCCACAUGUCCAAUAUGUGGUGACGAGAUACGAUAUCCCGAACUGAUCAGAACACACAUUGGUCGCCAUCAGGCCCAACUUGGCCUCUGGCCUCUGCGUAGCAUGAGAUAUUUUGACGAUGAGGAUGACGAGGAAGUAGAUGAAGAAGACGAAGAAAAUUGUGCCGAAGUUAAUGACGAAGAAGAUGAAGACGGGCAGGUAGAGCAACAAGAAGGGGAGGGAAUUAAAGUGGAAGAGGACGUCUAUGGACAAGGCCAGAGAAGAGAGGAAGACGGAACCAAACCAAGCCAAGAUACGGCCACUGUGGUAAGAAAAGAAUUAGCGGAGCAACAGGAACAAGCCGGCUCCGACUCGCCACCUCCCGGAUCUACAGAGGCGGAGCCUGUAUUCAGUUACAGUGAUUACACUGUAGGAUGGAUUUGCCCUCUUCCAAUCGAACUUACUGCCGCAAUUGCUUGCCUUGACGUUAGACACGAGGAUAUGCCGAAUAUCCCCGGAGACGACCAUAACUAUUGUUUUGGUCAGAUCAGCGGUCAUAAUAUUGUUAUAGGCGUCCUUCCUAUGGGCGAUCAUGGGCCGACUCCAGCUGCACUCUUGGCAGCCAACAUGACACGCAGUUUUCCUCAGAUCAGGUUUAUUGUACUUGUCGGUAUUGGCGGCGGCGUGCCGUUAGGCAAUCACGACGUUCGACUUGGUGAUGUUGUAGUUAGCUACCCGAGCGACACUCACGGCGGCGUGAUGCAGUUCGAUAUGGGCAAGCGGCUCCAAGAUGGAGCCUUCCAAAGGACGAGACAUUUGAAUUCGCCACCCCGAGCCCUGCUCGUGGCGGUAGCAUCUCUAGAAACAGAGUCUGAGCUGCGAGGCCAUGGGCUCAAGCAUGAUAUCCAAUCCAUUCUCGCCAAGAAUCCUCAAUUGCGCAACCACUACUCACGGCCAGACUCGAGCUCAGACAGACUAUAUUUACCUUCAUAUAUCCAUGCGUCGGAUGGUCCAUGCGAGCUUGACUGCGAUGCCAAAUACGAGAUAGCGCGGCGUAAGCUGGAUGAGGACGAUGAUAGCCCAGCGGUGCACUACGGUUUGAUCGCUUCUGGCCACUUGCGGGUCAAGGAUGCCGGCUUCAGAGACCAGUUGGCCCAGGAAAAGGGUGUCAUAUGUUUCGAAAUGGAAGCUGCCGGAGUUAUGAACAGCUUCCCAUGUAUUGUGAUACGAGGCAUCUGCGACUAUUGCGACUCACACGGGAAUCAGCAGUGGCAUGGCUACGCUGCUCUAUCGGCAGCAGUAUAUGCAAGAGCUUUACUACGGAAGAUUUCUCUCACCGAUGAUGCUUUGAAGUCCAGCAACUUUCGUCGUUAG